GCGGACGGAGAGGAGGAGGGAGGAGCCCCGCGCGCGUUCCUCCGGAGGACUCAUGUGGAGAGAUAAGCGCUGGGAAAGUUUUCUGCCGGAGAAUUCAUGACCAAAACAGGGUGAAUAAGAGUGAGAAGACUGCAGUGGAGGCACAAUGUUUAAAGCAGUACUGAAAAUGAACAGAGAUGGAGGGAAGGGAAGCAAGAAGGAUACGGUUGGUGAGCCGCACUUGCUUGGUGCCCAGAGGAAAGGGCUGGGCAGUGCUGUACAGGACCCUGCCAGUAUUGCUCCUUGUCCUGCUGAAGAGAGGCUGAGGCUCAGCUUGUCUAAAGGAGUGUCCAUGUCCCUGCCGUCCUCACCCCUGCUGCCCCGACAGAACUAUAUGAUGCCCUCGCGGUCCUGCAAGAAAUCUCCAGGACCCGUCAGAAAGCCCAAAUAUGUGGAGAGUCCUCGAGUUCCUGCAGAUGCCAUCACGUCUGCGCUAAGGAAGGCAGCCGACAGCAAAGAUGAGCCGGCUAGUCCUGGCCCCUCCCCCGCCACUCAGGAGUUGAUGACACGGUUGGGCUUCUUGCUGGGCGAAGGCAUCCCGGGCUCUGCACGCAUACCUAUGGACAACAAGAAUGAAAAGAAGUGCUCAGUGAAUCAAGGGGUGAGUCCUUGCUCCACACUGACCAGUAGCACAGCUUCUGCGUGUACAGACAGCCCCUGCUCCACUCUGAACAGCAGCGCCAGCCACCCUCCCACCAGCCAGCGCAGCCCCUGCGGCACUAUCACCAGCCCCAGCUCCACUUUGGAAAGCAAGGACAGUGGGAUCAUAGCCACCAUCACCAGCUCCUCUGAGAAUGAUGACCGCAGUGGGUCCAGUUUGGAAUGGAGUAAGGAGGGAAGUGUAAGAGGAGGUGGGCACCAUGCGCUGGCUCCAGCCGCCGCGCGUGCGGACACCUGCUCUCCAGUGGCUGAGGAGGAAGUGUCCACAGCUGCUACAGACGCCUCUGCGAUCAGCCGGGUCGCAGCCGCUGUGACUGCGGGAACAGGGGCAGGAGCGUCCAAUGCUGAGGGUCCAGUCCAUUACCCAACACAGAGCUUCUCCAGCCUCAUGAUGCCCAGGCCCAACUCAGUCGCAGCUACCAGUUCCACUAAAUUGGAAGACCUGAGCUAUCUUGAUGAGCAGCGUAACACACCACUGCGCACCUCCAUACGGAUGCCCUGGCACAACACCGGAGGAAGGCCACCCCAAGACAGAGCACGCUUCGCUCCAUAUAAGCCUGCGGAUAUCAUGCUAAAGCCUCUACUGUUUGAGGUUCCCAGCAUCACUACGGACUCGGUGUUUGUGGGCCGAGAUUGGCUGUUCCAGCAGCUGGAGGAUGUCCUGACUGACAGUCAAACAGGCGAGAGCCGUGGGGUCACUGUCGUGGGCAACGUGGGCUUUGGAAAGACGGCCAUCAUCUCCCGAUUGGUAGCCCUCAGUUGCCAUGGAGGCCGUAUGAGACAGAUCGCCUCCAAUAGUCCCAACGCUUCCCCCAAAACUGGGGAGCAGGGCUCAGAGUUACCAUUGAGUCAGCCAACACAGCCCACCCCACCGCCCAGCGCUACCAACACACUGCAGACCGACAGCUGCCCCAGUACACCUGAGCUCCGCAGACACAGAGAGGAGGCUGUCAAGCGGCUCGCAUCAAAGGUGGUUGCAUAUCAUUACUGCCAGGCUGACAACACCUACACCUGUCUUGUGCCUGAGUUUGUGCACAGUAUCGCUGCCCUUCUCUGCAGAUCCCACCAGCUCACGGCCUUUAGGGAGCUCCUUCUGAAAGAACCACACCUUCAGAGCAUGCUCAGCCUGCGCUCCUGCGUCCAGGACCCAAUGGCUGCUUUCCGCAGGGGCGUACUGGAGCCUCUUAUCAACCUGCGCAAAGAGAGAAAGAUUCCAGAAGAGGAUUACGUCAUCUUGAUCGAUGGGCUGAACGAAGCAGAGUUUCACAAGCCAGACUAUGGUGACACCAUUGCGUCAUUCAUUACCAAGAUUAUUUCAAAGUUCCCCACCUGGCUCAAACUCAUCAUCACUGUACGGGUCAGUUUACAGGAGAUCACCAGUCUGCUGCCCUUUACUACGAUCAGCCUGGAUGACUUUCCCGAUAACAAGGAGAUCGGCGCAGACCUGAACGCCUACAUCCAGCACCGUAUCAACAGCAGCCGUGACAUCCUGAACAACAUCUCUCUGAACGGAAAGGCUGACCCCAUUAUUGUGGGCAAGGUCAGCUCCCACCUCAUCUCCCGCAGCCAGGGGUCAUAUCUCUACCUGAAACUCACCCUGGACCUGUUUGAGAGGGGCCACCUUGUCAUCAAAAGUGCCAGCUACAAGGUGGUGCCUGUCUCCCUCUCUGAGCUGUACCUGCUGCAGUGCAACAUGAAGUUCAUGAGCAACUCUGCGUUUGAGCGCGCCGUGCCCAUCCUCAACGUGGCCCUGGCGUCUCUGCACCCGAUGACGGACGAGCAGCUGUUCCAGGCUCUAAACGCCGGCUGUGUGCGAGGAGACCUUCAGUGGGAUGAUUUCCAGCAGCGCAUGGAUAUGCUCUCCAGUUUCUUGAUCAAGCGCAGAGAUAAGACACGCAUGUUCUGUCACCCGUCCUUCAGAGAGUGGCUCGUGUGGAGAGCUGACGGUGAAAGCUCAGACUUCCUCUGCGACUCCAGGAGUGGACACGCCCUGAUGGCAUUCAUGUUGUCCAGGCAGGAGGGCAAGUUAAACAGGCAGCAGACAAUGGAGCUUGGGCACCACAUUCUGAAAGCACAUAUAUUUAAGGGUCAAAGUAAAAGGACUGGAGUAUCAUCUAGUGUCCUGCAGGGUUUAUGGAUCAGCUGCAGCACCGACAGCCUGUCUGCUGCCCUGGCGUCUCUAAGGAACCUAUACACACCUAAUGUCAAGGUGAGCCGCUUACUGAUGUUGGGUGGGGCAAACGUGAACUACCGUACGGAGGUGCUAAACAAUGCGCCAGUGCUGUGUGUACAAGCACACCUCGGUCAUCAGGAGAUGGUGGGUUUGCUGCUGGAGUUUGGGGCAAAUGUGGAUGUAGUAUCGGAGAAUGGUACCAGUGCACUCAGUUAUGCUGCCGCAGCCGGUCACCUGGGCCUCAUCAGCAUGCUCUGCAAGAGAGGAGCCAAGGUGGAUCACGUGGAUAAGAGUGGACAAUGUGCUCUGGUGCAUGCAGCUCUGAGGGGGCAUCCUGACAUUAUCCAAUACCUGCUGGAACAGCAGUGGAGCAGAGAGGAUCAGCAGCAUGAGCUCAGCCUGAAGAGCAAAGCCCUGCAGCAAGCUCUUAUAGCAGCUUCCAGCAUGGGACACACGCAGGUGGUGAAAAGUUUAUUGGACCUAAAGAAUGAGUUGGUUGUGCAGAUUGAUGCUCAUGAUACACUGUGGGGAGAAACAGCUCUUACAGCAGCAGCAGGUCGGGGGAAGAUGGAUGUGUGUACUUACCUGUUGGAGGAAGGUGCACAGGUUCAGCAGGUGAACAGAAGAGGAAUGUGUGCGCUUUUUUGCGCUGUGAGACAGGGACACUGGCAGAUAGCGGAUGUGUUGUUGCAACAUGGUGCAGAUGUGAAUGGAAGUGAUAAGCAGGGGCGCACAUUGCUGAUGGUAGCAGCAAGUGAGGGCCAUCUUAGCACUGUGGAAUUCCUGCUCUCUAAAGGCGCCUCUUUUACAUCGGUGGAUAAGGAGGGGUUAACUCCUCUGAGCUGGGCGUGCUUGAAAGGACAUAAGAACGUGGUUCAGUUCCUGGUGGAGAAGGGUGCGGUUAUAGACCACUCAGACAAGAAUGGACGCACUCCUCUGGACCUGGCAGCUUUCUAUGGAGAUGCAGAGAUUGUGCAUUAUCUGGUGGAGAGAGGAGCUGUGAUUGAGCAUGUGGAUUACAGUGGAAUGAGGCCUUUGGAUCGGGCGAUAGGCUGCAGGAACACUUCAGUGGUUGUCACUUUACUCAGGAAAGGGGCUAAACUAGGCUACAGAACAUCUCCUUAUGAUCGAACAGGUAACGCCGCUUGGGCAAUGGCCACGUCUAAGCCUGACAUCCUCAUAAUCCUGCUACAGAAGCUCAUGGAGGAGGGCAACCUGCUUUACAAGAGAGGGAAGAUGAAGGAGGCAGCUCAGAGGUAUCAGUAUGCUCUGAGGAAGUUUCCCAGAGAAGGCUUUGGUGAAGAGCUGAAGGCAUUUCGAGAGCUGAGAGUCUCUCUGUACCUCAACCUUUCACGCUGCCGCAGAAAAACCAACGACUUUGGCAUGGCUGAGGAGUUUGCCACAAAGGCACUGGAGCUGAAGCCUAAGUCCUAUGAAGCGUACUAUGCUCGAGCCCGGGCUAAGAGGAGCAGCAGGCAGUUCACUGCAGCAUUAGCUGAUCUGCAUGAGGCAACUAAGCUCUGCCCCAACAAUCGUGAGAUCCGGCGACUCCUGUCCAGAGUAGAGGAGGAGUGCAAACAAAUGCAGCGUGCCCAAAACAAACAGCAGGGGGCAUCAAAUCAGUCUGAAGGUGACCACGACUCAGACCGUGAGCGUGAAGAGGGGGAGGAAGAUGAUCUGACGGAGUCUAACAGUCUGGGGAGGGACCUGGAUGAAGAGGAGACCUCUCAGCUUGACUCCAGAGCUGAGCCCUGGGCGCAGAACAUCUACCAAUUUAAUCGGACCUUGCCGGACUCUGUGGGUAACGGUCAACAAUCCGGCCGCCCGGGCUCUCCUUCCCACAGACAAAGCCAGAGGCAACACCAGCGGGAGCCGGUGGCCCACAAAAGCCUGAUUCUGCAGCCCACCAAACACGCCCAAAUUGUUAAAACCAACCAACACCUAAUCUCCCUCCAGGCAAGUUCUACACAGCCGACAGCCAGCAGUAAGUCUCAAACCCAUGGCCAUUCAAGCCCGCUUCCUGGACGCCACAUGCUGAAGGCAGGACCAGGCAUUGACAUCAGCCCUCUACCUGCCUCUAGUGAUGAAUUAGGCCACGCAACCACUGCCACAGGUCAUCAUGAAAGUGAAGGUAUCCUCCUGUCUCAGGCAUACUCCUCCUCAAGCUCCUGCAGGGCUCCAGAGAGACUCUCGGCCCAUUCUGUGAGUUCUUUGGAAGGUCUGGUUCUGUCAGCAGCACCUGGAUCACAGGAUCUUAGAAAAGAGACAGCGCAGGGAGCAGGUUCGGGCUCUGGGUCUCAGGCAGGUAGUAUGAGGGUCUCCAGCUCGACCAGCAGUCUGGCAUCCAGCAGCAGCCUGUCAGACAGUGGGAAGCUUCAAGGCCCAGAUGUUCGCACCAAAACCAGUGUGGACAAAAGCAAGCCAGCACAGGGAGGAACUGCGGAAUACAAACCCAGACCUUUCAUGGGCAUUAUGGACAAGACGGCACGCUUUCAGCAACAGCAGCAGCAGUGCCUUCAGUCUCGUGGCUGGCAGACUCACUCCUCAGACAGCCACACUAUGUCUUCAGCAGGAGUGAACUGUGAGUUAGCAUACUCCAAACCCAGCAACACUUACCACGAGCAGCUCAAGGCUUCUUCUCAGGGAGCUGCUCUCGGGAGCCUGCACAACGGCAGCCUGCACGCUAAAGAAUUCAACGACAAGUUCUGCCAGGCCGCCACCUGUUACAAAGAAUCCAAGCCAGCUGUUGCCAUGGCGCAUUCCUACACGGACAGUAAGCCCAAGCACCCCAGCUUAGCCCGAGAUAAUCCUGCCAUUCAUGUAGCUUCAAUGAAACCAAAGCGAUCCUUUAUCGAGUCUAAUGUAUAGAGCCUAUUCAGAAAACAACCGUAACCUAUAGCCCGCACUCUCUUUCACACUUUCUCUGACACCCAUGCACAGACACACACACACACGCACACCUCUAAUAUUAAAUGAAAGUAUUUUGUUUUUAUUUUCUCUCUUUUGUUUUGUUCUGUCUGUCCCAGUAAAGCCAAAAGUGUUCGCUAAGGGGCUUCUUGCUUACUAUGCUUCAGCCACACUGGAGACUUAACCACUGAAACAGGGCACACAGAAAUCAACACACAGCACUUUACAAACCAUGACUGCAAAUCUGUCAAGUGCUCAAAACACACACACACUUACAACACACACUCACAUGGGAGCUUAUGCAGUUGACUCUAAAUAAGAUUACUGUAUCACUGGUGCUGACAAACGAAUACAAAUUUAGAUAGGAAUGAGUGAUUUAAUAUCAGAAUGACAGAAGAGGUCAAUAAUAAGAGACAUUCCUGUGGUUUGAGUAGGAUCAUUAACCACUAGCGCAAUGAGUCUCAGUUCCUGUAUGAAGCCACAGCUGUAAUGGUCAUUAAGUUCUUAACAAAAUGAUGCUAAGUGUUUAAAAACAAAAUAAAAAAUAAAACACUUAACUGAACUCCAUCCAGGACUGGAUUAGAGAAUUUGCUCUAGCCUGUAAAUAGUAACAGUGUGCAUUUUCUAGCCUGUUUACGUGAAGGUCUACAUCAAUGUAUUUGGUUUGUUGAGAAAACCGUUCUGUGUAUUUUUGAGUUUUAUUUCAUGCACAUUAUUUUGGUCGUUUCAGAUGUUUGAGGUUAUAAAAAAAAUAUAUAUACCUGGUUUGUAUGUUUGUAUAGUAUACAUAUGGAUUUGCUCAUUUAAUGUUAAAAGCUGAAUUUCUCUACUUCUAUGUGCUUGUUGUUUUGCUGUCUAGGAUAAUUUAUUUACAGCGCCUCUGGCUUGGUAAUUGUAAAAGCAAUAUAUUUUAUAUAGUUAUUUUUGCACAGCUAAUAAAAAAAAAGAUUUUUAAAUUUCAAUAAGAAGAUCUAUAAAUAUGGAGAUCACAUGGGCUGAAGUGCAUGUCACAGUUGCCAUUUUUAAUAAAAGAGUUAAUACAGUAUACAGUGAAAAUAUGAGAGAUAUUAGGCUUCGGGGCAAGCAGUUCUAUUUUGUUAAGUAUGUUAUUUGCAAUCGUCGCCAUGUUUCAGUAAUGUGCGGAACUGUACUCUCUUUAAUCACAUGCUGUAAAGAUGCAUUACUGCCAUUAUUCAUCAACAGGAAAUAAAAAGUCCCACUGUUAAACAGCUA